AUGCGGUCUGCCGAGUCGGCGUUGGCGGCCAUCGAGGCGGAAGAGGCGGCGCCCGCGGCAGAAGGCCCCGGCUGCGCUGCAGCCUCCCAGCAGGGAUCAGCGGCGGCGGCGGCGCGGGUGGCAUGCACGGCAGUGGGCGCGGCGGGCGCUGCGGCAGCGGCCCCACCCCACGAGCUGCAGGGGGGGCACGGGGAGGGCCGCUCCGCAGAUCAAGCAGGCGUGACCUCUCUGAUGCUGCGCAGCCUGCCCCAGGAGAUGAGCCAGCAAGAGCUGCUGGGGGAGGUCCACCGCUCGGGUUUUGCUGGCAGGGUGGAUUUCUGCUACAUGCCCCGUGACUUCGCUUCUGGCAAAACGAAGGGGCACGCCUUCCUCAAUUUCGUUUCCAGCGAGGUGGCCACCGAGUUCCAGAGGGCGUGGCACAGGCGCAAGACGUGCUCGGGCCGCCCGGUCGGCGCGCGCGGGCUCGACGUCUCCGUGGCCAAGCUGCAGGGCCUCGCCGCGAACAUCAGCAGGUGGGAGGCACCCCGCCUGAGGCGCGUGCGCGACCCGGACUUCCAGCCCUUCGUCCUGGGCCGCCGCGCAGCCCCCGCAGCGGGCCGCCCCUCAGGAUGCCUCGGGUCUGGGGAAACUCCUGCAGCUGCUCCUGCCCGCCCCCAGCCCUGA